AUGAUGAAAAAGCGCAUGGAGCUCGGUACCUUGGCUAAGGGUGCUGCAGAAAUUUCCCAACCGGCCUUGCGUCAACCUGGCGCAAGCGUCGAAAAAGUUAACAAUAUGCGGGUCACGUUCGAUCCAAACAUCCGGGAGCUUACAGUCAAUCCUCCCGCACCCCACGCCGAAAUAGAGCCUGAGCGUUUGCCUCACCCUGAGGCAGAUGGCGAAAAGUUUAACAGAGUCAAAGUUACAUUUCAUCCAGACGUCCGAUUGCAAGAGUAUUCUUUACAUCCUGACGCACCCCCCACGCCCAGUUUCAAGAAGGCUCUGGCUGAUCUACCCAGACUUGACCCCUGGAUGGUUCGUGCUUGGAAAGCCUUGAAAGUAAAGCUCUCGAGUAUCAGGCAAAGGAUCAUCACCUUCUUCCGACCACCUGCGCCACCGGGUCCAUUUGACCUUCGCUUCGAACGACAACGAGCGCUUUCUCAGCUUCUAUUAACCAAGAAAGGCGUUGAUUUAGGACCAGACAUAGAAAGAUUUCUGCAAAAAAGUUUGAAAGAUUAUUCUAAACCAGAGCCAUAUCUUCAAGAAAAAUACAAUCCAAGGUUGGAUAAAUAUUGGAAGCCCAGACUGAAAAAAUCCGUUCGAGGAUUACAAGAUAUUUUGAUUGAAGACGAUGCGGCUAAGCAAUCUAUGACUGUACGUGGUAAAGAGAUUUCUCAUAAUAUUCAACCCAUCAUGCAAAAAGCAAAGAUGGGUUCAGAUCCCGUUGUAGCACUAGGAAAGAAGCUGGCCACUGAGAAUUCUAAAAUCUUGGCAAAAGAUCAAAAGAUUAUCAAGAGUUAUCUACCCGAGGACCAAAAAUACUUAUCGGGACUACUGGGUUUCUUUGGGCCCAAGAACGUGCUGUCGCCACACAUCCAAGCUUUGUUCCAAGAAAGGGUCCAGUUCCGAGAUUGGAAUUUUGGUGAAUUUGUAGACGCGGGGCCGUUUGUUCAAAAAGUUGAGCAAAUCCAAGAAAAACUAGCAGAAAUGGCUAGAUUUCGCCGGGUGGCUUAUUUGGCAAAGACACAAGGACACCCUUUUGACAAGCAACCUCCUCCAGAAUUGAUGGUUCAAAUUACUGAAAUCGAGAUUCAAUUAGUGACUACUUUUGGUGGACGUGAUAAAUUUGUAAAUGCUUUGAAUAUGAUCAAGGAAUCUGAUAUACACAAGGGGUUUAUGCAUGAGCUGAAUAACCCAAAAUCUUUGACUGGCCACCACCUUCAGUUUCUGGAACCAUGGGGAUACUAUCACAAGUCCAGUGAGAUUCCAGUUGGAGAGCUCAAUCUUAAAAGACUUGGAGUGAUUGAAGACAUGAAUUCAAUCAAGACAAUUGAUGGUCAAUCUGAAAUUGCAUUGGGAAUCAUCCAAAACCGUUUGGAAUUCACCGCAAAGGCUCAGAAGGGGGCUGAAAAGAUAGAAGAGUUCUUGACCCCUGAGGGCCUGCAAAGUUUCUUGGAGUAUAUGAAGCAAAAUCCACGCAAAAGCAAUGUUAAAUUCAAACCAUUAGAAGAGAUCUACAUGUAG